GACCAGAUAUGGACGCUAGGAACCUCUCCAAGUUGAAGAAGCAACUGGCGAAGGAGAACAAGAAGAAGGACGCCCGGCGCAGCAGAGGGCGGUGGAUGACAUCUUCCCGAAGGUGGGAACUGUCGACGGGGCCAAGGAGGCAGGGCCCGUGGUGAAGGUUGCUGCCGGCGAAGAUGCCGGCUCUGAUGCCGGAGGCUCUCCCAUUGGGGAGCUCAAGAGAAAACGAGCUGGGAAAGGCGUGGUGCCCCCGGAUGAGAAGAAGAAAAAAAAGGGGGCCGCCGAGAAGAAGGACGUCCCCGUCGUCGUCGUUGAUGAGCACUCCUCGCCCGAGGAUAAAGGUGUCGCUGGGAUGACAUGGCCCUAGGAUAAUGUGCAGUUCUCCAUCACCAAGGGGACUGCCAUCAUGCACGCGACUUUGAACCCGAGGGAGUUUUUGGGGGGCGCCACCCCUCCGACUAAUAAGUCCGUGCUCUCCUGGUAGGCUGACGAUGUCCUCUGCCCCAAGGUCCUUUAGGCCUCAGUUACUGCAAGCCUUGGCCUCGGUGAGCUCAUUCAUAGGAUGGAGAAAUCACUCCUCCAGAAGCAGAAGGCUGACGAAGAGCUGGCCCAGGCACGAAGGCAGCUUAAGGAGGCCGAAGAGGCUUUCAGAGUGGAGAGGGCGGCCUUCAACAAAAUCCUUGAAGAAUCCAAGACGGUGGCCAAGGCCGAGGGGAGAGCCGAGGCUGAGAAUAUUGCUACCGAGGUCGCGAAGGUAGCUGUCGAGAGGGCUGAGGAGGCCAAGAAGGAGGCGGUCAUCCAAGCUGAGAAGGAUGCGGCGACUGCUUUUAUGGCCGAGGGCUGGAAGGCCGAGGGACGAAAGCAGUGGGUUGCCUCGGUGGUGGAGGCCUCAGUGGAGGACUGGGUGAAAGGCCUAGGUGCAAUGUGGCUAGCCCGAAAGGGCAAGGAGUAUUAUGAUGGGGGCGAGGUGCUUGUAUGAGGGCUUGGCCUUUCGGCCAGGUGCUUGUAUGAGGGCUUGGCCGCUCACAAGUGUUCCGUUCUUGGUGUCUUCAACAUGUCUUCAUUCUUCAAAAAUUUGGGGGGCCUUGAGUCGUAGGAUAACACAUUCAUUAGUUAUGAGGGCUUGGCCGCUCCAAUAUUACUGAUAAAAUUUAACUAGAUGGUGUACAUUCCAUUGUCGGGGACUUCGGUCCCGUUGGGGCGUUUGAGCUUAUAAGUUCCUGGUUUGAUGACGGCUGUAAUGAUGUAUGGACCCUCAAAUUUGGGCGCCAUUUUACCUCCAUCAGUUGGUUGGCUAGCUUCCCUUUUUCGGAGAACGUAGUCCCCCACCUGAAAUUCUCGGGAACGAACCUUGGCAUCGAUGUAGCCUUUGACCUGCCUUUG